GGAUGUUUCAAUAUGAGUGCUGAUUGAAAUUAUUGCUGGAGACAAAUAAAGUUAUUGUUCACAACAAGAUUUCUUUUAGAAUCAUCCAUGUGAGGAAUAGUAUUUGCAUUCAUUGAUACAAUGAAACACUUCGUUAAACCCACACUGUUUGGAUUAACCUUUGGAUUUUUUAUUCUAAUUUUAUACACCAAGCAUGAUACAAUAUACUACAAAAAACUUCUUAGGAAAUGCCAUCUUGACUCUCCUAAAGAUCAUCACAAUGUUACCUUCCCAAAGAAUAUUAAAUGGAAGAAUGUACAGAAAGAUAACGAAAAUGUGAAACUUGGUGGAAUAUGGGAACCCGAUGAAUGUAUUCCUGAUCAGAGGAUGGCAAUUAUUAUUCCAUACAGAGAUAGGAGCACCCACUUGAUGUACUUUUUAGAUUACAUGCACCCUUUUUUACAACGCCAAAAAUUAUCAUAUAGGAUAUUUGUAAUAGAACAGAAAAGGCCAUUUUUGUUCAACAAAGCAUCACUGAUGAACAUUGGGUUUAAGAUUGCGAGUGAAUUAGAUGAACAAUUAGAGUGCUUUAUUUUCCAUGAUGUCGACAUAUUCCCUGAAAAUGACCAAAUUCUUUACAAGUGUUCCAAAGACGAUCAAGAAGUGAUGCAUUUCUCAGAUUUUGUUGAUAAAUAUAACUACACCACUGUUUUUAUUCUGAAUGGUGGCGCUCUCGCAGUCACGAAAGAAUUAUUUAAAAAAGUAAAUGGUUAUUCAAAUUUAUAUUGGGGAUGGGGAGGCGAAGACAACAAUCUAGUUCAGCGAUUUAAAGAUAACAACAUCACCAUUCACAGAUGUAAAAAUUCAACAAACUGCAAAUACACCAUGAUUAAACACGUAAGAGAUGCUGGAAACCCUACAAAUCAUAACCAAAAUAAAAUUAUAAAAGUCCUAGAAAAAGAAGACCCUGUAUAUUUUAAACAUGAUGGACUGACUACAUUAAACUUUACACUCCAUAAAAUCAAAGAGUUCCCAUUGUUUACAUGGGUGUACGUUUCUCUUGAUGCGUCCACAUAUAAUAGAAGUCUUGUGGAUAUAAGGCAAGAUGGGAAACACAUUGCUAAAGAUCAAGUUUAUGAGAAAAUUCCCCAAAUUUUUCACUUUAAAGUCAAAACCUGAAGAUGAUUGAUUAUUUGACAUGUUCCAUAUCCUUUUUUUAUAUUGCAUGUGGUAAUAGGAAUGCUUGUACCUCCGAUUGUACCUGUACUAGCCUAAUAACCUGUCACGUCUUGAAGACCUUUAUUUUUUCAAAAGCUGACAUUUCUUGGCACACCCUUUAUACCAAUAACAUAACUCAAUAAAUUCCUGAGUAUUUUAGGAUUCUUUUCAUGUAGUUGUAUCUCUAAUUUAUCGACAACGAGGAUAUUUUUGUUUUUCAUUGCGCCUCAUCAAGAUGGCAGUAUGGUUUAGAAGGGGAAUCCCCAUUAUAAAAUCUGGGUAUGGUGCUGCAUAGUCUUUACGUCACCUUUUUGAAUUGUGUCAGUCCUUGAUAAUGGUAUACACCAUAUAGUGAUUAUAUAUUUGGAGGGGGUCCUGUA